AUGCAGCCCGAGCUGUCCCGCAAGCUGUACAAGGUUAUCAAGUCGUCGAACGACUUGAUCACGGCGCACGAUACCGCAGGCAAGGAGCGCACGGUCAUCGGCACUCAGCUCUCUGAGUGGGGCGAGGGUACUCAAGAUGAUGCCGUCUCAGAUAUCAGUGACAAGAUCGGUGUAGUCUUGUCGGAGCUCGGUGUCCAGGAAGACACGUACGCGCAAAACCUCGAGGAAUCCCGGACCAUACUCAAAGUCAUCCGUAACACGGAGAAGAGCGUCCAGCCCAGUCGUGACAACAAGGCCAAGAUCGCAGACGAGAUCCAGAAGUUGAAGAUCAAGGAGCCGCAGAGCACAAAGAUCGUCGUCUUGGAGCAGGAGCUUGUCAGAGCUGAGGCUGAGAACCUCGUUGCAGAGGCGCAACUGACAAAUAUCACACGUCAAAAGCUCAAGGAGGCCUACGCUGCAGAGUUCGAAGCGGUCAUUGAGAGGGCAGAGCGACAGAUCAUUCUUGCGAAGCACGGACGCCGCCUGCUUUCGCUCCUCGAUGACGCGCCCGUAACACCUGGUGAUGCAAGGACGGAAUACAGACAUGGGGGCGAGGCUCGCCAGAUAUUGAACGACGCCGAGGAUGACCUGCGUAACUGGCGGCUCACUCUGGACGAUGAGCCUGUCAACGCUGCGGCCGAGCCCGAGGCCUCAACUUCGGCCGGUGCUAGCGGGUCCAACUUCUUGGACACCCUGCACAAGACUCAUUCCCGAGACCAGGCCGUGGAGGCUCCCCGUAGCGAAUCCACCUCAGAUGCUCAACCCGGAGUACCUGGGACGGCCACAGUCGGCGUUGCCUCUUAG